AUGCCUUCUGAAAUCCCUGGACCGCCUGGUGUGCCCGUUUUGGGCAACAUCUUUGAUGUCAACCCCAAUGAGACCUGGAACUCUCUGAACAGCCUGGCCAGCAAAUAUGGUCCCAUUUUCAAGAUCAACGUGCUGGGCCACCAACUCGUGUUCAUCUGCAGCGUGGCUCUGCUCGAGGAAGUCUGCGACCAAACCCGAUUCCGCAAGUGUGUGACCGGACCCGUCGUUGAGAUCCGGUACUCCGUCCACAACAGCUUGUUCACUGCCUAUGACGACGAGAAGAGCUGGGGAAUCGCUCACCGGAUCAUGAUGCCACACCUGACCCAGGAAGCCACCGAUACCACCUACAAUGACAUGAUGGAGGUCGUCCCGGACCUCACCAAGAAAUGGAGCGCGGGCACCAAGCAACGCGUCAAGGCCAGUGAUGAUCUCGAUUUGAUUUUGGUGGCUUCGUGUAUGAAGUGCUUCUUCAACGAGCGGGUGGAGGUGCUGGGUGAAAAGACUGAGACUCAAAAAAAAGCUUGGGGUUUGGUCCAGGCAUUCGAGGGUGCCACCAUGGAAGCUAUGAAGCGACCGAGUCGCCCGAAGGUGUUGAAUUGGCUAUACCAGAGUCGCUUCUCCUCUCAGACCAAGACAAUGCGCAAUUACGCCGCCGAUAUCGUUAAGGGCCGGACGGACCAUCCAGAGUUGGCUCGCAAGGAUAUGUUGGACGCCCUCUUGAACGGUGUGGACCCAGAGAGUGGCUCGAAGCUUGAAGCCUCUCAGGUUCUGGAUGAGAUUGUUACGAUCUUCAUCGGCGCUGCGACGGCCGCCAAUCUUCUCACCUAUGCGGUAUACUACCUCAGCAAAAACCCCGAAGCCCUGAAGAAGGGCCAAGCUGAGAUCGACUCUAUUGUAGGCGAUGGUCCGAUUGACCUGGCUCACUUGAAGCAGCUGAACUACGUCGAGGCCAUUCUACGUGAGACCAUCCGUCUGUCUGCCACCGCGCCCGGCUUUAACAUUGAGCCGAUUCCCCGCGCCGACCCUAAGGAUAAGACUCCUGUGAUCCUCGGUGGAGGAGAAUAUGAGAUCCCCUACAACCAGCCCAUGAUUGCCAUUCUAAACGCAGUCAACCGUGACCCGGCCGUGUUUGAGGACCCAUUGGCCUUCAAGCCCGAGCAGGUGAUCGGCGACAAGUGGGACAAGCUGCCCGCCGCCGCCAAGAAGGGCUUCGGUAACGGCAAGCGCGAGUGUAUCGGUAAACUGUGGGCCUGGCAAUGGUCGUUCUUCACCUUGGCCAGCAUUAUCAAGGACGUCACGUUCGAGCUGGAGGAUCCGGACUACAAACUCCAUGCCAAUGGUGCCUUUAGCAUCAAGCCACUUGAUAUGUACGUUCUCAUGAGCGGACGCCAAAAAUAA